UGUCUCCAGCUGCACCCCCCACCCCAAAAAGAGUAAACCCCCAGUCAGGCACCGAGUUGUGUUGGAGGCAGGAACCUCCGUCCGAAAGCCCCGGAUCCACGCGGUAUGAGUCCCGGUGCGGAGCUGCACCGUCCCGCCGCGCUGUCGCUCCGCUGGGUGGGAAGUUGCUGUGAGUCAGAGCCGGAGGAGCAGUAACUUUUUCCAGACUUGAACAAGUGCAGCAGCAGCAUCAGCAUCAUCAUCAGCAGCACCAGCGGCGAGUCUCCAGCAGCUGAUCUCAGACCGGCUCCGCUCUGAGGAUUGUGCGUCUGCAGACAUCUGACUUUCCAGCGGCGUCUCCAUCCAGAUGUGUUGUGUGAUGCGUCCUGACGCCACAAGGAAAUGGCUCUUUUCCUCUAAACAGCGGCUCUCCGGUGGUUUUUUGGGGGUUGACAAUGGAGAAUAAAUGAAAGGGGACGUUUCCCGGGAUUAAGUGACUGCACGACGACAGGAUGCGGAAGAGGGACCUGCAGAGCAUGUGCAGAAGGGCGCUGCUGCUGACCAUCUGCAUGGUGUCUCUCUGGGGAGAACUGACCAGUGCAUCGUCACACAGAAGCCACAUAGUUCACGUGAAAGCGGGAACCUGUGAGGUAAUUGCCGCGCACCGAUGCUGCAACAAGAACAAGAUCGAAGAGAGAUCCCAGACUGUCAAGUGCUCCUGCUUUCCUGGACAGGUGGCGGGGACGACGAGAGCGGCUCCCUCGUGUGUAGACGCAUCGAUAGUUGCACAGAAGUGGUGGUGCCAGAUGCAUCCCUGCAUGGACGGGGAGGAGUGCAAAGUGCUGCCGGAUCUCAAAGGAUGGAGCUGCAGUACGGGAAACAAAGUUAAGACAACCAAGGUCACACGAUAGUCGUCCGUUUCCAGGAAAACGUAGUCUGGAACUGAGCGUCACAUCUUCGAGGACAUUUGGAUAUCAUGUCUUCUGAGGUCUUGGUGGACACCAGGGACCAACGUGGACACUAAUCACGGACAUUCCACUGGACGAAUGGAGGAAGAGGAUCAGGAUGCUUCGUUAAAGACUAAAUAUCCAAAAAUGACUUUAGAUGCAGCAGCGGCAGUACCCGUCUCUGCCCAGCAAAUCUCUCUUUGUAUUAUAGUUUUAUUCCCGUGGACUUGAAGACUCUACCAUGAAGACAUUUAUUGACUUUAAAGACUGUGGAUUACACCAGGAGAAGAAAAAAUAUCACCUUUAAAACAAAACCAUGUGAUGUGAAGCUUUUUGUGUUAUUUUCUUGCCACAAACAAC